GCUACGCGCUGUCAGAAUAUUUAGGGUGCGCUAGCUUUUAUGUCGGUAUGUAAACAUGCAAUAACUUUGACGUUUACCAACCGUUUGAUUUGGUUAUACGUGUUUCUGAAACGUCAAUUGACUACAAUUUUAGUCAUUGAAAAUCGUCGUUCAGUUGUGUUAACGCAACGGGCAUUCCGUCGUAAAUAUCGUGGCUAACAGGCACCGUCUGACAACACUAUCCGUCGUUUGGUUUCGAAUUUUGUUGAGUACGGUACCGUGGGAGAUCGUCAAGGUAUCGCUCAUCAACGACCACAACGUUCCAAUGAACUGGUUGAGGCGGUCAGAGAAAGCGCCCAUAGCCCAAAA